GAUAUAAAAGGAAAUUUAAAAUGACUGAAUUCUUGAUUUCAAUUUUGGUCUUUAGCACCAUGUAUACAGUCCAGUUUGGUAGACGCUGGGUUACUGCACAAUCCCUCACAGUGCCAGAUGUUUAUCAGCCUGAUAAAAAGCUCAGUGUGGAGAUCGGCAACUCAGCUACCCUGCAGUGUUGUGUUUUUGGAAUAGAAGAUGAAGAAAUUAUCUGGUUUAAGCAACAAAAUGGAAAACAACCUCGGAUAAUAGUCAGAUAUUUUAAAACUGCUCAAGAAACGUUUUACAAUGAAUUCCAAAAUUCUCGUUUCCAAAUUAAAAAAUAUGGAAACUGCUUCAAUAUGACCAUUUCAAACACCAUGCUGUCUGAUGAAGCCACGUACUACUGUGCACUCGUGUUUGGAGAUGGAACUUAUUUACAAAUUAAAGGUGAGCAUGUUACCACUGCAUCAGGAACAUCUAAACCAGCUGUGUGUGAUAAUUCAGAGGUGUGUGAACCAACAUCGCAUGGAGACAACACGGACAUGAACACACAAGAAAGAACAGUGCUUGGUUUGGGAACGGCUUUGGGUUUGUGUGCACUUCUGAUUUUCUGCCUCAUUUAUUUCAUACUGAGGAGAAGAAAAUGUGAUAAAAGUAAGAGCUUUUGCCACCAGAUAAUAAUUACUUCAUUUCAAUGCUGUCAAAAUGACUAAUCUUUUUUUUUUUCAUGUUAAUAUUGAAUGUUUCAACAGAAGAUUCUCCAGGAACAUGGGAGGUAUGUAAACUCUUUGUACUAUAGAUUAUAGGUUGUAUAGUAUGUAUACACUCUUUGGUAAUUCUGGUUAAAUGUGAGUGCAUCCUUUAGUCAUAGAGAAAUCUCAUUACUAAUCACAUGGCCUUACUUUAUAUGCUGCUACAUUCAUGUACUGCUACUUAUAAUGAUCUAUAUUUAAGAUUAACUCACAUUAUACAAACCACUUAUAGACUGUAUUCCAUCUGUUACUCUGUACAAUAAAUUAUGUCUUAUUUCAUAAUUUAAUAAUCUUUUUUUUUUUCUUCAGGAUUCUAAUGUCGACACCUUGAAUUAUGCAGCCUUGCGAUUUUCCAAGAAGGGAAGUGAAGUUUGCUUGUCAGACAAGUUGCUGUACUCUGAAGUGAUGUAUGUGAAACUGUAAUAUAUUACAUAACUGGUUCUUCUUCUCCUUCUUCUUCUUCGUCCUCUUCUUCUUAUUAUUAUUAUUAUUAUAAUACCUUCAAAUGAUUAUUAACAAUCAAUUAAAUAAAAUAAACAAAGAUUCAUGUAUGAUUUCAACCACUUUGCAGAUAAA